CAUGAUGCCGACGAGACUGCUUCUACUUCUCUGUCUGAUCGGACCCGUGUUUGCCAUAGAAGCCCCUGAUGCGGAUUGCUUGGUUAUCAAUUUGAAAAAUGUUUCCUGUACCUGGAAUAAGAAGGGGACACCAAAGGUCAACUACACCUUCUAUAGUAGUUUCUUCAAUAAGAAAGAAAAAAGCUGCCCACAGUAUUUGACAGAGAACAACAUGAACAUUGGAUGCAUCCAGCCAUGUGAGUCUGGCGACAGAUUCAUGACUUUUAACACCAGGCUGGUACAUGGCAAGGAUAGGUUUGAGGAGAAACAUGAACUUAAAAAGCGAGUCAAGUUAAACCCACCAACCAACCUGACUGUUCUCAAUGGAUCAGACUUUAACUUGUGGUUUUACUGGAACCACACUUCUCCUGCUCGCUUACAUUGUGUGGAGAGUGAGGUCCGCUUCAGGACAAACAACAAUAAGUGGGGGUUCUCUAAAGUAAGCCCCGAGAUACAGAAGUACUGCAUCAACUCGCCCUCGGGAAGUUCUCGAUAUGAGCUGCAAGUGCGGAACAGAAUAGAUGAAGGCUGUGGAUCAUCUGAAUUCUGGAGUGACUGGAGUGAACCUGUGUUCUGGGGAUCCAACAGCAGCAUAGACUCUGACUCAGUGCCUGUGUGGAUGACAUUGCUCUAUGUGGUGGGUUCCAUCACCCUCAUCCUGCUGGUGGUGAUGUUACUGCAACGUGAAAGGCUCAAAAUCAUCCUGAUCCCUGCAGUUCCCAAACCAUCCCCGAUUCUUCAUGACAUUGAGGACUGGUUUCAGCUCUCCAAAGGUCUGAGUGAGAAUUUUAAAGCAAGCUACAAUGAGCAGGUCUGCCCUGUGCGUGAGUACAACUACGUCUCCCAGUCUGACAGCAUGAACUCUGACGACUCCACCUCCUCUGUCAACACCAACCAAACCGACUGCUCUGUGUCCAUCGAUGUGAACGAUCCAGAAGAUCUGUACGUCCCCUUGUCCUCUUCCAGCUCCCAAGUUCCAUCUGAGGAGGUGCAGCAGGUUUCUGACUAAGCAGGUCGUGCACCAGGGUUAGGUUUGCCUGAGCCAAACUAUCGGGAGUUUGUUACACUGAUACAUCUCCUGCUUGGUGACAGUGAUUAUUAGAAGGGUUUACAACAAUUCCCAGUGAGAAGAACCCCAAUAUUUGCUGGAGGUAUUUAAUCAGUUACACUCGAGCUUAGCCUUUUAAAUAAAACCUCAGACUACAGAUUUUAGUUUAAUAAACUUGACCUUAAUAUUUCUUUGAAAUCUUUCACCUCACAGAUACAUAGUACUCCAUCUUAAUAAAAGGCUUUUCCUUUUUGUUAAGACAGGUGGUAUAAAGUGCUGACAAAGUUACUCUCAAAAACAUACUUUAGACGAUAUGCAUUCUUAAUCAGGGUGCAGCGAUCAGCUCUCUGCUUCCGUGAUGUAAGUUUUUGAAUUUCUGCAGCAUAUCAAAAAUCCAACUGAUGUAUUUCAGUGAUUUUAACUGCAGCACAUUCUACUGUUAAUCAUUUCCAUUAUUUUUAUUUUUUAACAUAAGGUCUUGGAAAACCUUUUAGCUCAUUCGCGAGCACUUAUUUAAGUUGUUGUAUAUUAUUGCAUUGUAUUUAUUGACUUUUAAUGUGUUAGGUUGGAAAAUAAAUCCCAUGACUUUG